AUGAGCGUUGCCUACUGGGGCCCUUGGCUCAACGUUCCGCGCUUUACCACCUAUGCUGUAUGCACCAUCUGCACUGAGAUUUACAGCACUUUGAUGGCUGCAUUGGCUGUAGCUCAGCUGCCCUGCAAUGCUUCGCCUCUGGCGGGAGUUCUGCUGUACUGUGUGGGUCUUUUUGUGGCCGUGGCACGGGCCUACUGUGCCGUGCUCGCUCUCCGGCUUCAGGACGAGCUGAGUUGGGUCUGCCGCCGGCCCAGAAGCAAACCGCGCGGAGCAGUCUCUCAGCAGCCGGGAGGUGCAGAGGCUUGGGAUGCACCCCGAAACCGCCGAGCAGUACUCACAGAGGAGAAGACACGAUCUGCCCUCUGGGGGCUCGGAUUUCUUCAAAGAGAUAUUGUGGAAGAUACUGUCCGAGAUUUCAAUGAGCCGGACGACGGAGAUCCCUCGAAAGCUUCACUGGCCUGCCCUUUUCUGCCUGACUUUAUAU